AUGUCGCUGUCACACCUUCCCGAAGGAGUUGCCAAGUCCAUGGCCGAGACCAAGGUCGAAUAUAAGCGCCUUGGUAACAGCGGCCUCCGCGUCUCCGUUCCCAUUGUUGGAUGUAUGAGCAUUGGAAACCCUGAAUGGGCACCCUGGGUCGCUGGUGCCGACAAGGCCCUCCCACUGCUGAAGGCGGCUUAUGAUCGCGGUGUUAACACUUGGGAUACUGCAAACAUCUAUUCCAAUGGCGACUCCGAGAGAGUUAUUGCCCAGGCCAUCAAGGAAUACCAGAUCCCUCGCCACAAGCUGGUUCUUAUGACCAAGGCAUACAGCUGUGUUGGAGAGCAACAAUUCCACGCAUACCCUAUCAUUGAGGACUUGAAGAAGACUAAGGAUUACGUGAACCAGUUUGGCCUCUCACGGACGGCAAUCUUUAAGGCACUUAAUGAUUCUCUCAAGCGUCUGGAGACCGACUACAUUGAUGUCUUCUGGAUUCACCGCUUUGACCCCGACACUCCCAUCGAGGAGACCAUGCACGCUCUUCACGACCUUGUCGUUGCAGGAAAGAUCCGCUACCUCGGAGCCUCCUCAAUGUGGACUUACGAAUUCGUCAUGAUGCAAUCAUACGCCGAGAAGAUGGGAUUGACCAAGUUUGUCGCCAUGCAGAACCGUUACAACCUGCUCUACCGUGAGGAGGAGCGUGAGAUGAUCAAGUACUGCAACCUCACCGGUGUUGCUGUUGUCCCUUGGGGACCUCUCGCCGAGGGACAGCUUGCUCGUCCCCUGAAAGUUCGUGGAACCACUACCAGAUCUUCUGGUGGCAAUGAGACACCUUCCAGCCUGCGCCCUGAGUCCGAGGAAAUCAUUAACAGAGUGGAGGAGCUCGCGAAGCGCAAGGGAUGGACUAUGUCCCAGGUUACACUCGCCUGGCAAUGUAAGCGCGUAACCAGUCCUAUCAUUGGCUUUAGCAGCGUCGACAGACUCGAGGAUGCUUUGUCCGCACGCGGUAAGCAGCUUACUGCUGAGGAAGAGAAGUACUUGGAGGAGGUUUACACCCCCGUCGAGGUUGAGGGUCACUUCUAA